AUGGGAAAACCUCCAACCCCCGACCGGGAACCGACACCGGAACAGGCUCCCCCAGCUUAUUCCCCCUAUGUUGACCCCCACUUGACCGCAGAGUUGGGUGAUGUCCAUGUCGACGGCCGCAUUGAUGUCAACCUAGAUUCGGAGCUCGCCAGAUCGCUCACGAAGAUCGCCAAGCAGCAGCAGGAGGACCGUUACUAUCCACCACCUGAGUAUAACGAGGCUCUAACCGCACAGGGAAUCCUCUGCGAUGUCAAACUGAACAUAGUCAUCCAGAUCGUGGGAAGCCGCGGAGAUGUGCAGCCCUUCAUCGCACUGGGGAACGCUUUGCAAAAGCAUGGUCAUCGCGUCCGCAUUGCCACUCACAACGUCUUCGAAAACUUCGUCAAGGAGUCGUACCUGGAGUUCUUUCCCAUUGGUGGAGAUCCAGCGCAGCUCAUGGCAUACAUGGUCAAAAACCCAGGCCUGAUCCCGCAGAUGAAGACACUGCGCGAUGGAGAAAUCAAAAAGAAGCAGGUCAUGGUGGCGGAGAUGCUGGAUGGCUGCUGGAGAUCAUGCAUCGAAGAUGAUCCAGACACCCAGGAGCCAUUUGUUGCAGAUGCAAUUAUUGCCAAUCCGCCGAGUUUUGCACAUAUCCACUGUGCACAGGCAUUAGGGAUUCCCGUCCAUCUGAUGUUUACCAUGCCGUGGACUACUACCAGGGCAUUUCCCCAUCCUUUGGCCAAUCUGCAUUCCACGUCCAUGAGUCCGACGGACGCAAAGACGGCAAACUGGGUUUCAUACGGAGUGGUAGAAUGGCUAACGUGGCAAGGGUUGGGAGAUGUUAUAAAUCGAUGGCGGUCCUCAAUAGACCUAGCACCAGUUCCACGAACCGAGGGACCCUGCCUAGCUGAAGCCUUGGAGGUACCAUUUACCUACUGUUGGUCCCCAGCCCUAGUUCCAAAGCCACGGGACUGGCCAGCUUAUAUCGAUGUGUGUGGAUUUUUCUUCUCGGAGCCAUCUUCAUACACCCCGUCUGCCGAAUUGGCGGAGUUUUUGCAAUCAGGACCGCCUCCUGUAUACAUUGGCUUUGGCAGCAUUGUUGUCGAAGAUCCUCAGAAGUUAGCGGACACCGUGAUCAAGGCAGUUGAAAGGGCUGGUGUACGUGCAGUCAUCUCGAAGGGCUGGAGCGAGCUGGCCGGGGUGUCGGAUGCAAACAUCUUCUACAUCGGCGACUGCCCACAUACCUGGCUCUUCCAAAAUGUUGCUGCAGUGGUUCACCACGGAGGUGCUGGAACCACAGCCUGUGGACUCUUAAACGGGCGGCCAACCACCAUAGUACCGUUUUUCGGCGAUCAACCAUUCUGGGGCGACAUGGUCGCCAAAGCCGGUGCAGGCCCGGACCCAAUUCCCCAUGCCUCACUUGAUCCUGACAAUCUCGCCGCUGCAAUUAAAUUCUGCAUCACACCAGAAGCUACCUCUGCCGCGUUGGAAAUCUCGAUCAAGAUGCAGUCCGAGUCCGGCGUGGCGGCAGCUGUGGACUCAUUCCAUCGCAAUUUGCCUUUAGAUCGGAUGCGAUGCAGUAUUAUCCCCAAUCAAGUUGCAGUAUGGAGUUACGGCAAAGAAAAGGCGUCUCUGAACUUGUCCAAGACAGCUGUGAGCAUUCUGAUUCAACACAACAGAAUAGACGCCAAACAGCUUAAAUGCCACGCUAUCAACCCAAUCCUCAUUGAGAACCGUCGCUGGGAUCCUUUGACCGGUGUCCUGUCCGCUGCCACAGGCACCGGAGAAAACAUGUUACGAUCGACGGGCGAGAUGUUUUACAAUCCAUACAAGGAAUACAAACGCGGACGCGCUGCCAGACUUGCUGGCGUAAGCGGAAGCUCGCAAGAUCUAUCUCGACCUACCAGCUCCACAGAACCAGCCUCUCACUCUACCACAUCUCUAACUGAUCCCGCACAAUCACAAAGUUCCCAGCCAUCACUCCACCGAUCUACGAGCGAACAAAGCCAGGACUCAUUCGACACUGCGGGGAAUAUGGUCGGGGCUGGAAUGAAAGGCUUCGGUAAAUUCUCCGCCACUUACUUCAGGGGUAUGGUGGUGGAUAUUCCACACGCGGCGGCAGAAGGCUUCCGAAGGGCACCGCAGCUAUAUGGGGAGAAGCCGAAGGAUUACGGUACUGUUCAAGAUUGGAAGUCAGGGAUUAAAGUCGGCGGCAAGAACUUCGUAGGUGGCAUGGCUGGUGGUGUUAAGGAUAUCAUCACAUAUCCGAUUCAAGGGGCGCUGGCGGAGGGAGGACCUGGUGCGCUUAGGGGUCUCGCUAGGGGGGCUAUGGGGAUGGCUACGAAGAUGCCUUCCGCUGGAAUCGGACUGACAGCUUAUCCGUUUUAUGGGAUUUCGAAAAGCGUAGAAGCUGCUUUCCGAACAAAAACUCCGAAGGCUAUUGUGAGUGCACGGCUCAGAGAUGGACAUGCUCACGCGAGCAGAAUACAGCUGUCUCGAGAGGAAGAGGAGGAAAUCCUUCAAGUCUUCGAUGUACUUUUGUCCUCAAUGAGU